AUGGCGGCGAGCGGCGCGCCCGAGCGCCAGCCGCGCCGCGGGCCCGCGCCCAUCGCCUCCUUCGACCACGACGUGUCUGACGAGUCGAGCCCGGAGACGAAACAAGCCUUUCGAUUGCCGGAGAUACGUGAAGACAGAAGCUGUGGUGUGGGCGGUGACAGCCUCGCGCCACCGGAGCAGCGUGCACGGUCGCACUCGACGCCGGCGGCGGGCGCGCUGGCGCCGCUCGGCGCGCUGCACACGCCCGCCGCGCCGCGCAUCGACAUCUCCCGCGCCUCCAGCUCCAGCCACCAGGACUCGCGCGACAGCUCGCCGGAGCUGGCACUGUUCGCGGGCGGCGGCGGCGAAGAGUCGCGCGCACGCCUCGAGCUCGGUUUCCGUGAGGACGGCGCGCUCGACCUGCGCUCCUCCACCGAGGAGCUCGCCUUCCUGGAGGGCGCACCGGGGGAGCCCCGGCCGGCGCCGCCGCCCGCCGCCGAGCGCCGCCACUCGCGCAAGGACAGCCAGGGCUCGGAGGCGGCGCUGCUGGCCGUGUCGGGCCGCACGAGUCGCCUCUCCAGCGUCGGCUCGCAGUGCUCCGCGCACUCGGCGCUCUCCGGCUUGAGCCGCACCUCUCGGCUUUCGGUCGUGUCGGGAGUAUCGCGGUCGCCGUCGCCGCAUAGAAUGUUACUCGAGACCUCGUUUUGCGGUCCGCGUCCGAUCGAGAAUGACCCGGAAAUCUGUGCGGCUGCGGUCGAGGAGCGACUGCUCGAAAUAGCUAAGCUUACGGCCCCGCCACCACCACCCAUCCCCGUCACUGUAACUGUGGAUGCGCGUGAUCGCCGUGAGGUCCGCACCGAGGCUACUGUCGAAAGUGGAAGUGCACGUGUGACAGCUCCCGUCGUUCCUGGACCAUCUACAAUAGUGAGUGCGACAGUAGUCGCGCCACCGCCACCUGCGGUUAAACCGACCACUCCAGUCUCCCCACCGACCGCCACGGCCGAACCAGAGAAAGUACGCAAAGAGACAGAUAAUAGGGCGCGGGUUGAGGAACGCCGUGCGAGGCCGAAAUUACGUCGAGAGCCUUCAGAACCGGAAGUCUAUAAGAGUGGUAACCGAACGAAAAAUGUUAUUAGAAUCAAGCUCAAACCGGAUGAGGACUAUGGAGAAGAGGAGGAGGAAGUUAAAAGGCCUGCGCCUGUCGAAGUGGAACGGGCGCCUCCGGUGCGCGAACCUGUGCCAUCUGAGCCUGAGCCGGGCGCGCGGGCCUCGAGACCAACCGAACUGGUGGGGCGCGCGCCAACUAGUCCGGCACAACAACGCCGUCGAGUACCGCGGGAAAGUCGAACUCCGUCGCCAGCCGGCGUGCCUGUCUCCCGAAAAUCAUCGUUCUGUUCCUUGUUCAAGUCACGAGAAACGAUCGCUUCCCCGGACUCCCCCUCCGAGGCACUCCGGCGCAAGCGUAGCCUAACCGAAGGUCGUUCGCGCAGCAAAAGUCGGGAUCGUUCGGCGACUCCAACUUCUACUACCAAGAUCCGUGGUUCGGUGUUGUCGCUUUUUCGGACACCGCGCAAAAGCGCUACGUCUCCGUCACCGAGCUCACGCGAAGGCUCGCCGGUGGUGCCGCCGCAACGGUCACUCGCACCCUCCGUCCCACCGGAGCGCACCCGCCCCGGCGAGAAGCUCAAGUACUACGAAGACACGAGAGAUGGCAUCAUACAUAUACCUUUGCAUACACCGCCCGACGAGCGGCCGGCCUCGGCAAGCGCACAUCGUGAGCCUAAUGGCGAGCGCGCCUCUGUUUCCGGCGCCACUCCCACUCCCGCUAUCACCGCCGAGGCGCGUGAUCAACCGCGGCCCGCGUCUGCACCGGCGACGCGCGUCGCCACCGAGCCUGUCAAUAUCCGCACUGCACCUAAACCUAUCCAGCGAACGGUGCUCCCUGAUGGAAGCAUUAUCAUCCCUUUGCGGUCUCCGACCGAGAGAGUCGCAGAUAUUGAAUUUCCACAGUCAACGACUUGCGAAAGAUCUCCAGAACCAACGGUCAGUAGGCUCGAACCCGCGCCGGAAUCUACGCCGCCAGCCGAGGGUCGCGACGAGGCGGACGGCGCUGAAGCAAGCCCGAUCCGCGAGCGCGUAAUGCAAAAUACAACAGAGGUGUCCCGUGAGCUAGUCGAAGCACCACCCUCCGGUGAAGACGAUCGGAAGAGAAGAAAAGAGCGAAUGACUUUUACGACACACGUUGGAAGCCGCGAGCAAGUGUUCAGUACGCAGUUCAGCAUAACCAAAACUCCUAGCGUGACGAGCGAGAUUUCAGGUACGUUUCCCGCUUUUGGUGACGGCGAAGAAACUCCGACGUCUGCCAGGGACGUCGGCAGCGGGGAGGUUGGUGAAAUCGCAGCUCCAGGUGGGGCGACCGACGCGACCGACCCACCGCGUGACUCUUCUGAAUCAGAGCCGAGUUCAGAAGCGGCGGCUCCACGCGACGGCAGCGAGGUAGAGCGUCGCGGGUUGGUUGUGCAGGAGUCAUUCGAGGAGGAGCUACCGUAUGUGCCCACGACGUUGCCAUUGGAGCGGCCGGUGGCGCUACCGAUGGUGCCGGUGCGCGAGCGUGGCGGUGUGCACGUGUCAGCGGUAGAGCGGCCGCGCGCGGCGCCUCCCCCCGCGCCCCGGCCGCGCGCCCCCGCGCCGCCGCCCGCAUCCGCACCCGCCGCGGACAAGCUGCGCAUCCGCCUGCCGCGCCGGCCUCGGCCUGCCUCUACAGCUCCGGCCGCACGCCCCUCGCGACCGCGCACACGCAGCGGAGGUGACGGCGCAGAGUCGCGGCCAAAGGAGUGGAUCGACUUUGAGGAGGUCCCCGAGCGGCGCAAGCAACCUAAGCGAAUCCAGACGCUUCCGGGCGGCGCGGCCGGAGUGGCGGCGGGCGCGGCGCCGGGCGGCGGCGUGGUGUUUAGUUACGUGGAGCCCGAGCACUGCCGCUGCGAAUGUCACGCACACACACGGCCCAUGGCGCAUACCAGUGCGGAGUCACCGCCGGAGGAUACGCGGCCGGGCACGUCGUUCCCGGGGGAGCUGGAAGCGGCCGACCACCCCGCGCAUACCCUCCACCACGCCUUCAACUGACGCCAAUAAGUUAGAAGCAUAACGUGCUGUUCCCUUCCGACUGAGUGUCUGCGGCGCCACUCGCCGCGACACCGCACCACUUCAAUCUUUUAUAAAUUAUAUUCUCUAUUGACUCGAGAGAGAUGUUAUCACUUUUGAGAUGUAAAUUUACCCCGUUCAUUAGAUGUAUUAUAUUUAUAUAGUCGUUUGUAUAUCUCCAUUGGCCACUGUCUCGUUGUCGACUUUGCCUUUUCGAAGUUCAGCUGCUGAAAAUGAGUCAAGUCGUGCGCGCUGCUCGCGGUCUUGCAGCCUUUUGUAUCGUCUCUAAGUCCUCUCUUUACAUGGAUAUAAGCGUAGCACGUACCGCGGCCAGAUAAAAUGUAUGAAUAAAAACAAUUAUACACUAAUAAAGCAUGUCAACAUACAUUCGUACGACAGGAAAAGAGGGCGUUGGGUCUCUUCUUCAAAUCAUACCAGCGAAAGAUGUAAUUGCGUUUAGCCAUAAGGAUGUUGUGUUCAUUGAUUAUUGCGUACCUACUUUGAAAUUUGAAUAUCUUAACGUUGGUACUUUCAGCUGUACCGUAACGUACUCACAGCGUGGAGCUUUCUUGUAAAACAAUCAGCAUAAAGAUGAGUUAAUAAUAUUAAUUGCAGCUAUAAUAAUUAUUAAUCGUAUACCUACUUACUAAAUUGAGGAAGGAAGAUGCAAGAAUUUUUGAUUCUGGUAGACAAUGAGCAUGUGAUACCUAGAUGUAUAGUUGUGUUCUAGUUUGGAUGAAACAUACCAUGGAGCAUUGCACGCCGUUUCGUGGGGUGUGGGGUCAGGGUGUACUGCGCACUCUGGACUGCGCAGCUGGCCGGCCCGUGUCCGCACUCGCUGCACACUCCACGCGCUGAGACCUCCGUGACGCACUCGAGUCGCUAGAUUGUUUGAAUGUAACACACGAGCCCGCGGUCGGCUCUAGUUUCCCGCUCGCAAUGUUUUCUUUAGCAAUUUUCUUAUUCUUCUUGUAAUAUUUAGAGUUUAUUUUAUGCAAUAAUAUGUAAGAAAUGUAUGUAAAUGAUGUUAAAAAUAAUUCUGUCAGUUUAGGCAAGAGUCUGAAACCUGAAAAAAUAUGAAUUUUUGCUUUCAAA